AGAAACACACGGCUGUUGCGCUCUUUCCCUCUCUGUAAGGUUGUCGUAUGUUCCAAUACAAUAGUCGCCUACUCGGCUACGCCACUUGCAUACGCUAUUAACGUUGGCUGGAUCUGAGAAUGUAGAUGGGAAAAACGUUCUAAUUACAUUUUGGAGAAUACUAGGGCGACUCGACACUAUUUCAAGAUAGUCAACGGUGUACUGUUCUCACACGCGUAACACAAUGGAUCUCUCAUUUAUGGCUGCGCAGUCUGUCAUGGCGGGGGCCUUCAUGGACUCGUCACCCAACGAUGACUACAGCACGGACCACUCCCUCUUCAACUCCUCAGCCAGCGUCCACGCGGCCUCCAUGGCAGCCCAUGACCAGCCGGAGAGGGAGCCCAUGUCCCGCGACGCCAUCUGGCUUUGGAUUGCCAUCACAGCCACCAUUGGGAACAUUGUGGUUGUGGGAGUGGUGUACGCCUUCACUUUCUGAGUGGCGGGAGCCAUGAUAAAGUGUUGCCAGCAGGAGGAAGUUGCUGCACAAGAUAUUUGAACAUAAGCUCAGAAACUUGAGAGCGACAUAAUCUCAGAACUCCACAGCAGCCAAUACAAUGACCACUCUGAAAGGCUACACUGAUACAGAGGAGUGAAUGAUUAUUGCAUUGACAUCUUGUCCAUGCUUUUGAAAGACAAGGGACAAAUACAAAUACAGAAUUGAGUAUGUGUAAUAUGUUGGUAAUUUUACUGCAGCCAAAGGUUAAAAAAAAAGAAAUAUUUUGUACAUAAGUUCUGUUGAUUUUACGUAAAUUUUUGUAAGUCGCUCUGGAUAAGAGCGUCUGCUAAAUGACUUAAAUGUAAAUGUAAUGUAAAUGUAAAAAUGUUAACAUUUCUGAUGAAGCUUUAAAUAUUGAACGGAUUCUAGAAAAUAGUAUACAGUGUUGUAUAGUCAACUCUGAAUAACCUCUGAGCUAAUUGGUCAAUUCUGAAAUCACCUAAAGGACGUACAAUAUUCCUACAAAACCUUUGUAACAUGCCAAUUGAAGCGUUUGGAGAUCAUUGUAUGGAAAGUAACACUGAUGUGUUUUUAUCUUCAAAGCAUUACUCCACAGAGGUCACUGUAUUCUAAAGACAUCUGCCCAAAGUUAGGAGUUCAUGACAAACAUUCUAGAAACAGAAUGCCUAAUGAUCUUAGAUUUAUUUACUUACCCCAUGAAAAUAUAGUUCACCUGACACUAUCGGUUUUGGAUCAAGUAAAUCUAGUUCUCCCCUUUCCUUCCUAAGGGAGCCUUGAGUGCUGAAUAGACAAUCCUUUCCGAGCAAAUUCAUAUCAAAUAAAGUAUGGGUACACCAAAACUAUUUCCCUUAAACACCCCUAUCAGACCUCAAAUCCACAUGAACGGGAUGUACGAUUUACAGAACUUGAUGUUCACUGUGACCACGCUUGUUAUGUUUGUUUCCAUUCUGUAUAGCAAUCCACUUUUCACAGAUAUUUACAUGUGGAAAGCAGAUUUAUCACGCUUAGAACUCACUUGGAUCCAAGCCUCUUGAUGUGACUGCUGUAACCAUAACCAUUUUUAUGUCGGUCUGAAUGUAUAUUUGGAUAUAAGAUUAUCUUUCUUCCUCUUUACAGUUGCUCAACACAUUGUAACCCAAACUGCAUUCCAAGCCAAAUACUCAAAAAGUAUAAACGCAACAUGUAAAGUGUUGGUCCCAUGUUUCAUUUGUUGAAAUAAAAGAUUCCAGAAAUGUUCCAUAUACACAAAAAGCUUCUUCCUCUCCAAUUUUGUGCACAUUUUUUUUUACAUCCCUGCUAGUGAGCAUUUCUCCUUUGCCAAGAUAAUCCAUCCACCUGACAGGUGUUGCAUAUCAAUAAGCUAAUUUAACAGCAUGAUAAUUACACAUGUGCACCUUGUGCUGGGGACAAUAAAAGGCCACUCUAAAAUGUGCAGUUUUGUCACACAACAUAAUGCAACAAAUGCCUCAAGUUUUGAAGGAGUGUGCAAUUGGCAUGCUGACUGCAGGAAUGUCCACCAGAGCUGUUGCCAAAUAAUUGAAUGUUCCUUUCUCUACCAUAAGCCGCCUCCAACAUCGUUUUAGAAAAUUUGGUAGUAGGUCCAACCAGCCGCACAACAACAGACCAAGUGUAACCACACCAGCUCAGGACCUCCACAUCUGGCUUCUUCACUUGUUGGAUCAUCUGACACCAGCCACCCGGACAGCUGAUGAAAAUUAGGAGUAUUUCUGUCUGUAAUAAAGCCCUUUUGUGGGGGAAAACUAAUUCUGAUUGGCUUAGCCUGGCUCCCCAGCUGUGCCCAUCCAUGU